CAGUGUUUGAUUGCACAUCUGUCAGAUUUUAGGCUAGUGACGUGUGGUAUAGCAGGAAACUGGAGUGUUUGGGACUAAAAUCGAUGAGACUUAGCUGUGGGCUGGAAGCAGAAGCAAGCAGGGGCACUGAUCUCUGCGAAGGGAGACAAUAUCACAAUAGGACCUAGGCUAGAAGAGAAAGCUCUCUCUCUCUCUGCCUGUCUGCACAGCUAGGAUAUUCAAACUCUCUCUCUGAGCAACGAGAGAGCCAAGACGAGCCUGCAUCUGGUAAUUAUCCCUUAACAAACUGAGGCGCUCAUUUACCAAUAAAACGAGGAACCUGAUGAAGAUCUGUAGACCGCAACAGACUGAUGUGUAUCUGAUUUAAACCGCAUUUCAAUAGUCAAUUUAGAGUAAAGAUUAAUGGGACACAACUAGAUAAAGAAGAGGAUGUUGUAGCCUGAAGACAUGAACGUCCAGUUGGGUUUGGAGACCGGUGAAGACAUCUCAGGCCAAGAGCUGAUGCACAAUCAAGGUAGGACUUUGCAUCCACCUGUACCAAGAUCCUCGUUGGUGUCCAGUAUGACCUCUGUAAUGGAUGGAAGCGACUACCACCGCUCAGAUCAUCAUCUGGCUGCAUCGUUGCACCCAGGGUUGGGAUUUGGGGGCGAUUCUCCUCCAGGAUCCGCAAACAGUUACACAACCUUGACCCCAUUGCAGCCCCUUCACGAAAAGUUCCAUCACCACCAGCAUCAUCAAUGUGUCCCAGUUGGAAAUGUCAUUGGAAGUUUUACUUUAAUGAGAGAAGACAGGGGACUCGGGCCCCCUAGUAACUUUUAUAGUCACUAUCCUAAAGAUAUAAGCAUGGGGCAAAGCCUUUCGUCUUUGCCAAGCCCCAACCUGACCUCCAUGCACGGUUAUGGUCAUCCUUCAGGACACUUGUCUAAUGAGAAGAUGGUAUCUGGCAAUGGUUUCGAUGCCCACCACAGUAUGUUUAGCAGGAUAGACCAGCACUUUUCAAGAGAAUUGUCCCCUCCUCCUUCCUCUGGAGUUGGGUCACCCAACAACAUGCACCAACAUCACUAUGUUCACCACAGGGCAGAUAUUAACUGUAGACAAAACCCCCCUAUGCCAACGCAAAACACUACCCUCUCAAGCCAGCUGGAAGAGAUUAAUACCAAAGAUGUUGCCCAAAGAAUUAUUGCAGAACUGAAAAGAUACAGCAUCCCACAAGCUAUUUUUGCAGAGAGGGUUCUGUGUAGGUCACAAGGGACUCUCUCUGACCUUCUAAGAAACCCUAAACCCUGGAGCAAGCUAAAAUCGGGAAGAGAGACCUUCAAGAGGAUGUGGCGGUGGCUUCAGGAGCCUGAAUUCCAGAGAAUGGCAGCUUUAAGGUUAGAAGCAUGCAAAAGGAAAGAGCAAGAGCAAAGCAAAGCCGAAAGAAACCACGUGCCUAAGCGGCACCGCCUGGUCUUCACCGACAUUCAACGACGCACUCUGCAUGCCAUUUUUCACGAGAACCAGCGGCCCUCCAAGGAGCUGCAGAUCACCAUUGCACAGCAGCUGGGCCUAGAACUCUCUACUGUGAGCAACUUCUUCAUGAACGCACGAAGGAGGAGCUUAGACAAGUGGAUGGAUGAAGGUCAUGGGCGCCCGCCUUCCUCCUCCAACUCCUUAACCUCCAAAGGUGGCUCAGCCAUUGCUUGCAGCAAAGCAUGAAAAGAUGCCUACCGCGCUAUCAACCAAAGAUAGUACCCGCUCAGCCUCCAUAGUCAUCCCUUCUCCAUUCUUCGGGACACCGUCUCCAAAAACAUUGACCUCGAGGUGUCCUAAGAGGACUUGUAAAGGUUUGCGACUGACUGUCCGUUCUGUACUCGAAAAGUCGUUCAUUUCAGUCUUUUCGGCUGAAACCUCCUUUUCCAUGGAGAGAUGUGGGUACAGAACGGUUUGUACACGUUAUUUAUUUAUGUAUUUAUUUUCUAUGGCACUGUCAGCACACAGCGCGCACUACAGAAAAUACAGGUAUCAUGUUUUAAAACGCUUUCAGCAACAACUUGGAAGACAUAAGACAAGGGGAUUGGUUGGCCACCAUCCAAGGAUUUUUGUAGUAGUUCCUUUGCUUGAGUCACUAGGCUAAGGAACGGUAUAUAGGUUGUUCUUUACGGCCAAUAAACAGGUUUUUUAGGACACAACAGCCUGACUCAUGACUUACCUAGACCUUUUCAGGCCGUGCAUCCUUGAUAGAUGUUGGGUGGGGCUGAAAGAAGACGUAAGGAUGCCUCCUGUCAGUCAUGCACACUGGCAAUUCUGAUUGACGGGAUGGCCUACAAUGGGCUUAGUUUCACACACUACGUCCAUUUCUGUUUGAUGUCACACUCCUAUCAUGCAUCUCGGCUAGCAAUUUCUCUAUGACACUUCAAAAAAUGAGAAGACAAGAAACACAAUAUAUCCUCUACCUCUCUUUUUUACUUGGUAAAGGUGGGCUGUUGAAGAGCUUCUCAUUACCUUGGCUAAGGCUUUAUAUUCUCCUUGAAGUCCAAAUGCUUACCAUUUUUUUUCCUGUUUAAAAAAAAAAGGGGGGGGGGCGUAA